AUGGUGGGCAAACCUUUGCUUCACUACUUCAAUGGACGGGGCAGAAUGGAGUCCAUCCGGUGGCUCUUGGCUGCAGCUGGAGUGGAAUUUGAAGAGAAAUUUAUGCACACCAAUGAAGACCUGGAAAAGUUAAGAAGUGAUGGAGUUUUGAUGUUCCAGCAGGUGCCCAUGGUGGAGAUGGAUGGGAUGAAGCUGGUGCAGACCAGAGCGAUCCUCAACUACAUUGCCAGCAAAUAUGAUCUCUACGGGAAAGACAUGAAGGAAAGAGCACUGAUUGAUAUGUAUUCAGAAGGUUUGGCAGAUUUGAAUGAAAUGUUUAUUAAUUACCCAUAUUAUCCAUCUGAGCAAAAAGAAGAAAACCUUGCCCUGAUGAAAGAGAAGGCAAGAAACCGUUAUUUUCCUGCCUUUGAAAAGGUGUUCAAGAGCCAUGGGCAAGAAUACCUUGUUGGCAACACACUGAGCAAGGCUGACGUUCACCUGGCUGAAAUGGUCUACAACAUGGAGGAGCUUGACUCCAACAUCCUGGCUGGCUUCCCUCUGCUGCAGGCCCUGAAAACCAGAGUCAGUGACUUGCCCACUAUAAAGAAGUUUCUGCAGCCUGGCAGCCAGAGGAAGCCUCCUGAGGAUGAGGAAAAUGUACUAAAAGUAAAGAAGAUUUUCAAUUUUUGAAAAGUGGCAUUGACUAAGUGCUUCACCUGAGUGUUGAUUGGGUGUUAUGAGAUACUACGU